AUGCGUCGUCGAAUUGCCGAACCAGGUCGCGGAGACGUGAUGGAUACAGCCGAGCCGCCGUCGUCAUCUGGGGAGUUGUGGGUGGUGGUGGCCGGUGGCGUACUCUCGUCGGCGUACGAAUCCUCCGUGGUAGCAGGCGUUGUAGCCAACGACGAUACUGGUGGUUGCUUCGGCGACGAGUUGAAGCGAGUGAUAAUGGCACGACGACGCGUGCGUGACUCUGAACAGUCGACUUUUGCCGGCCGUACCGUGGCGUAUCGUUGUAAGGAAACGCCUGGCGAUUUGUAA